CAAGUGACUCACAACGUUUCUCUUAUUGUUUUGGGAGAUUUACUCGCGCGCGCAGAAUAAUUGCCCAGAAAAUAUUAAAAGGAAAACAAAAACACUGGCGGGCCGUCAACUAACCAAACCACUACUACAUUUACGUAACGCAUUUCGACGGGCCUUUGUAGUCGGAAUGUCAUCGAAACCCCAAUAUAGUCUUAGCGAGGUGGACGGGGAUCUGUUCUCCGCCCCCAAGACUUAUUCCUUGGCCCAUUGUGUGGGCGCCGAUCUUGCAAUGGGCGCUGGAAUCGCCGUGCAGUUCAAGAAGGUCUACGGCAAGGUGGACGAGCUGAAAGCCCAACAAGCGGGCAGUGGAGAUGUCGCGGUCUUGAAGGAUGACCAGCGAUACAUAUACUAUUUGGUAACCAAGCCUCAAAGCUGGGGCAAACCCACCUACGAAUCUCUACAGGCGUCCCUGGAGCAGAUGCGCGAGCAUAUGCGCAAAAACAACGUGGAUAAGCUGGCCAUACCACGAAUUGGCUGCGGCAUCGAUGGCUUGGAGUGGGAUAAGGUCAGUGGAGUUCUGGAGUACGUUUUUGGCCAGGAACCGCUGGAGAUUGUGGUCUACAACUUUGUGCCGCCGCAGAACAAAUAAUGGAAUAUUUACGCUUACUUUGUGCCAUUUACUUCUGAGCUUCAUAAUUAUACACAACCAGUUCCAGAGCAUCCAAUUGGAAAA